CAGUGUUCUGCCAGCGGUAUUUAACCAGCACCACACCCUGAACAGGCUUCAUAACGGGAACAAUCUACUGCUAUCUCUAGGUCCUGUUCUCUAAGGGAACUCAGCUAUCUGUAUGUUCUGUUCUGUUCUCAAAGGGAAGUCAGCUAUCUCUAGGUUCUGUUCUCUAAGGGAAGUCAGCUAUCUCUAGGUCCUGUUCUCUAAGGGAACUCAGCUAUCUCUUGGUUCUGUUCUGUUCUCUAAGGGAUUUCACUAUGGCGUUGGUUUCCGAGUUCUUGGGCCAGCUCACGCUGAAUUUUGGCGGGGAGAGCGAGCCUAAAUUCCCCACGGUGGUGACAGCAAGGGAUUUUGAUCCAGCUAAAGAUGCCGCCAGGAUAGAAACGGCCGUCAAAACCAAGGGUGUGGAUGAGCUGACCAUCAUUGACAUCCUGACCAGACGGAGCUACUCCCAGAGGAGAGAGAUCGCCUUCGAGUAUGAGAAGAGAUCCAAGAAGGAUAUGAUCACAGCUCUGAAGGGGGCUCUGUCUGGGUCUCUGGAGGCUGUAAUUCUGGGACUGAUGAAGAGUACAGCUCAGUACGACGCCUCUGAGAUCAAAGGAUCCAUCAAGGGUCUGGGGACCGAUGAGGAGACUCUGAUAGAGAUGGUCUGUUCCCGCAGCGCUGAAGAACUGGUAGAAAUCAAACGCGUCUACAAGGAGAUGUUUAAGAAGGAGCUGGAGAAGGACGUAGCUGGAGACACAUCAGGAGACUUCAGGAGUCUGCUGUUGGCCCUGGUACAGGCAAAGAGAGAUGAGCCCUCAAAUAUUGUUGACUACGAGAAGAUCGACCAGGAUGCCAGAGCUCUGUAUGAGGCAGGAGUGAAGAGGAAGGGGACUGACGUGGCUACAUGGAUCACCAUCAUGUCAGAGAGAAGUGUCCCUCACCUACAGAAAGUGUUUGACAGGUACAAGAGCUACAGUCCAUACGACAUGCAGGAGAGCAUCAGGAAGGAGGUGAAGGGAGACCUGGAGAAGUCCUUCCUGACACUGGUGGAGUGCUUUGAGAACAAACAACAGUACUUUGCUAACAGACUGAGCGAAGCCAUGAAGGGUAAAAGUGCCAAGGAGAAGGUGGUGACCAGGAUCGUCGUGUCUCGCUGUGAGGUGGACCUCAUGAAGAUCAGGACAGAGUUUAAGAAACUGAACCAGAAGUCCUUGUACCAGACCAUCGCUGAGCACACUAAAGGAGACUAUCAGAAGGUCCUGCUGAGUCUGUGUGGAGGAGACGACUAAAGUCCAACUGGCACCAACUGUCACCUUGUCCCAGAAGCUUUUUUUGGGGGUACCAAUGCUUUGUUCCUAUUUUGAUUCAGUCUAGUGACACAGACAUUGAGAAUUGGUGCCUUUACCCACAACACCCAGCAGCAUUAGAGUCAUCAUUACUCAGAUUGCAUCACCUUUCUGUGAAGUAUGAGAUAUCCAAUGGAAUAAUUGUUUUUUUAUGAAAUUAAAUCAUUUUUUAUUAAAUA